AUGCCAGUAAGAACGAAAGGCACAGUUUACAAGACUGCAAUAAGGCCGGCUAUUCUAUAUGGCACUGAAACAUGGGCUGCCAAAAACGUACACACUCAGAAGCUCCACACCGCUGAAAUGCGCAUGCUGAGAUGGUCGAGCGGGGUCACGCUAAAAGACAAAGUUCGCAACGAAUACAUCCGAGGUAGUCUAAAGGUGGACCCGAUCACCGAUAAACUCGCAGAGACCAGACUCAGGUGGUAUGGUCAUGUCAUGCGCAGACCAGAAGAUUUUGUCGUGAAGAAGUGCCUUUCCAUCGCAACAAGCAAAAGGGGAAGCGGUAGACCGCUAGCCACAUGGCUAACGACUGUCCAGAGGGACAUGAAAACUCUAUCAUUACAAUGCAAUGACGCAUAUGACCGCAACAAAUGGCGUGACAUGAUUAAGAAAGCCGACCCCGUGUAA